AUGGGAGGUCUCAACUCCAAGGACCAGUCUCUUCUGGCUAAUGACAAGCGAGGAAUACGGGGUUUGGUGGACGAUGUUGAAACAGCGAACAAGCUCGCGCCAUGCUUUCGAAAGGAUGAUUGUCAGCUCUACUUCGCGUCCUUGAACACGAAAUUCGGACUAAAUGACGCUAACUACAAGGAACUAGCGAGAGUUGGUGUCAAGAGGGUCAUGGUAGAUGGAUCUGACGCUGUGCCUGGCGGCAACUUUAAGCCCUUGACCUACAAACAAUUCGUCAAGGUGUUCAGAAGGAUGCAAGCUGAAGCUGACGUUGCUCUGCAAGCUCAGAUGGCUCUGAGGGGCUGGGUAGAACCCGAUCGAGCGACUGCGCAGAGGAUUUUGAUGGAAGAUGGGAGGAUUGUUUCGUACGAUGAAGCGCAGGAGAAAGGAGCGAUCAAAGAUCAUGAAGCUCAUGAAGCUCAUCGAAGGUCGGAGCAGUCGGCCCAGGAUCAUGCUGCUGGGAGUCGCCACCUCGAUCAAGAGACAGAGCAGGCCGCGCGGGCGAGCACGAGGCAAGAACGGCUGCGGAUGAUGCAGAAUGCAAACUCCAACUUCGAGGAUGCCGUUGGAGAGUUUGAUAUGGAACAAACUCAUGAUGAUGUUGAAAAUGCUCAGUUUGAAGAUACUCAGUUUGAAGAUUGCCAAGGGCUGGACAUGGAGGAGGAGGAGGAGGAGGAGGAGGAGGAGGAGGUUCCAGCAAGCAGGAGACAAAGAACAGGGGAAGAGGAUAACAAAGAGGACACCAUUAAUGGAGCUCGAGGAGAUUUCAAUCUCAACAAGGAGAAUCAAGGGCCGUCAUCCUUCGUCAGCCAUCGUGGCAGUAAUUGGAAACAGGACGAUGAAGGAGAUGAAGGAGAAAGAGAUCGAAGUUGUACAUGCAGCGGAAACUCCGAGUGUCGAGCAUCAGAAGAUGCGGACGAAGAUGCCGAUCAACCCGAUCAAAGUGAGGAAGGCUCUGCCGAUGCCAACCCUGAUGCGGCAGGGCAAGAAAACAAUGCAAACAACUCAGAUCAGGAUCAACCUUUGGCCUUGACUGAAUCAAGGAUGUGUAAAAUACAGAAGAGCGAGUAUGAAUGUAUGAUCUGCCUCCAGAUGACUUCUUCCGGAAUUUCUCUCCCGUGUCUGCAUGGUCCCUUCUGUGAGGGAUGCUUAUCCUUAUGGAGCAGGCACAACCGCACAUGUCCUGCCUGUAGGAGGAAGACGGGGUACGAUGAUGGGGAUUGCUGGGUCCAUCUUGAGGAGCCCAACCUGGAUGACAUUGUGGAGGGAUUGUAUGCAUUCAUUCGAAAGAUUUAGAUUUUCAAUAGAAAGAACAAGCGGAAGUUG